AUGACCCUCCAAGAAGAGAUCACCUCCCUCACCACCCUCCCCCUACCAGAAGCCAUCCAAAAGAUCGCCAACCUAGCCCCCGACCUAACAUCCACCUUCCUCCCCAAAUACGGCUACUGGGUGACCCACCCCAACCACGAAGGCCCAGGCGACCUCAACGAUCUGGGUCGGAUCUGGCUAAACCUAGGCUACAGAUGCCACAGCGAGCACGCCCCGCUUCAAAUCCGACUAAUCCACCAAUCGAUGGACGAUGUCUUCUUCGAAAUCUACGGGGCCACCUACGAUAUUUUGAAAAAGGGUCUUGCGGACGGGACGAUUGCGACACCCGUUUUCGACGACAGUCUGGGGUGUUCCUGUUGUAGGGGCGAGCCUGAUGCGACCAUAUUGGCGGGCUUUCAUGAGAAUAAGGCGCUGUAUUUUGAUGUGGAGGAGUAUCGGGCUUUGUGGGGGGAUCAUCCUAAUCGGGGGGAGAGGAUUGGGGCGGAUAGUCAUGCUGUGGCGGCUAGUAGGGAGCAGGUGGAGGAGGCUAUUGCAAGGGAGACUGGGAUUGUGAGUAUGCUUUGA